AUGGGAAACCAACAAAGUUCUGGAAUUGAAGGAUCAAAACCAAUUUCAGCAUUUUAUUAUAAUAAUAUUAGUACAGUGAUAUCAAGGGAUGGAUUUUAUUUUUUUAAUAAUCAAAGUCAAAGAUUUGAAUCAUCUAAAAGACCAAUUACAUUUGUAAUUUAUGAUGAAGAAGGAAAUCAAUUUAUAACAGGAGAAGAUGAUUUUUUCAUUCGUUUAUAUAAUGAAGAUGGUACAUAUAUUAAACAAUUACCAAAUUUACAAUCAAAUAUAACAACAGAUGUAAUUGCAAUUUCACAUCAAGAUUUUAUUCGUGUUUUAUUUCCAAUUAGAAAUAUUGAUUUCCAUCAAAUAAAUUCAAAUUCAAAUAAUAGUAAUACAAUGUUAUUAUCAGGUGGUAUGGAUGGAACAAUUAGAUUAUGGCAAGUUGAAACAGGUAGUUUAUUAGCAGUAUAUAAUCAAGAUAUUUCAAAAGUAACCAUGAAUGGUAUUAUCGAUACAACAUCAGCAGGAAUUACAGCAUUAACAUUUGAUCCAACCAAUUUAUUAGUUAUAUCUGGUACAUCCGAUGGUAUAGUUCGUAAACAUUCACUAAGAGAACGUGUUAUAAUGGGUACUUUUAUUGGUCAUAGUAGAGGUGCAAUUUUAAAUUUAUUACUCACAAAACAUGGUCAUCUUUUAUCAUCUUCAAUGGAUAGAACUAUAAGACUUUGGGAUAUUGAUUCAGGUAAACAAAUAACUGGUUGUAAAUAUUUCUCUCAAACUAUGGUUUAUGAUCAUCAUAGAGAUAUUGUUUUCGCUGCUUCUGAUACUGGUACAAUAGCUGUAAUUCAAAUUGUUAAAGAUUUAAAUAAUUCUUGGUCAUUAAAAAAGAUAAAAGUAUUAGAUUUAAAGAAACCAGCGAUUUUACAUUUACAUUAUAAUACAUAUGUUGAUCAAUUAACGGUUACAUCAAUUGAAACUAAUAUUGCAAGUGUUCAAAAUGCAACAGGUAUACCAUUUGAAUCUGUUGAAAAUGAUUAUAAAAAACAAGUUAAUCUUGUUCAAGGAUUAUGGGAAACAACAAAUAAUAGAUUAACAAUUACACCUUCACAAUCUAAUAAUUCUUUAGCAAAAUCACAAUCAAUUAAUAAUCAAUUAAAUCAAUCAACAACAUCAACAAUCAAUCAACAACAACAACAACAACAACAACAACAACAACAACAACAACAACAACAACAACAACAACAACAAUAUGAAGAUGAGUUUGAAGAUGAAUAUAUUGAUAACCAAAUAAAAGAAAAACAACAACAACUACUACAACAACAACAACAACAACAACAACAACAACAAAAUGAAGAAGAACCAAUUGAAGAUUAUAUAUUUUCAAAUGAAAUUUCAAGUGAAUUAACAGAAGAAUUUAUUCAAUUAUCAAUUGAAGAAUUAAAAAAUAUAAAAUUAACAAAUAUGAUUGAAAAUACAUUAAAUAGUGAUCAAAUGAUAUUAAUUGAUAGGUUAAAACAAUUGGAAUUUUUAGGUAAUGAAUUAUUUGAACAUCAAAGUUCACAAGAGGAAAAAGAAUAUAAUGAAGCAAGAAAGUUAAAAUAUGUAAAUGGUUUAACACAAUUCCAAGAUUCAAUUGAGGAAAUGUCAGAAGAUUAUGUAUCUUGUAUGAGAAUGUUAAUUAAAACCAAUGAUGCUGAUAUUGUAUUAGAUACUGAUAAUUGCAAAGAUAUUAAAAUCAGAUCAUUGGAACAAAAGAGAAUGGAAAUUCUUGAACGUCAUCGUUUAGAGUUGGAACAAUUCCAAGGGGAAGUUGAUAGGGAGCUAUCGGUAUUCUCUGAUCAACAAUUACCAUUGAUAACAAAGAAAGUUGCAAAUGAAUGUUUUGAAAAUAAAAAGAGAUUAUUAAAUUCUCAAGAAUCAAUUGAAAAAUCAAUUCAAACUUAUCUAUCAAAUACUUUUCCAGCUGUUAAUCAACGUUAUCAUUUGGGUCCAUUAAUUUCAGAGAAUUCAACAACAGUUUUUCGUGCUUUCGAUUGUAAAUCUUUAAUUCCAGUUGCUGUUAAAGUUUUACCACCUGUAGCUUUAAAUAUACCUGUACAUGAAAAUUUAACAAAAGUUUAUCAAGUUUGUCAAACACCACAAUCAAUCUAUGUCAUUAUGGAACCUUCAACUACAAGUUUAAAACCAUUAGUUGAAUCAAUGGAUCAACAUCAAUUACCAAUUUCAAUGGUAAUUUCAAUUAUGAAACAACUUUUACAAUGUCUUUUAUUUUUACAUUCAUCAAGUUUAGUUUAUCGUGAUUUAAAUCCAUCAAGAGUUUUAUUAACUACCACCACCACCACUGCUAAUGAUGAUGUUGAUUGUGAACUACAACAACAACAACAACAACAAGUAAAAGUUAAAUUAACUCAUUUUGGUAUAAUGAGAUCAUUACAAGGUAAUGUUGAUUCAGAACCAGCUGAAGAUGGUAUGAUUUAUGGUUCACCAGAAAUUUUUGGUAGAGUAAUUAAUACUGAAUCCGAUAUUUGGUCUUUGGGUGUAAUUUUCAUUUAUCUUUUACAAACAAAACAAGAAAGAACAAAACCAUUAUUCCAUGGCCACAAUAAUAAAUCUGUAAUUGAAAGUAUUGUUAAAAUCGUUGGUAGACCUUUCCAAAAGGAUAUUGAUAGAAUGAUUGCAAAUGGUAAUAUGACAUCUGAUGCAAUUCAAUUACUUCAAUAUGCAGCAAGUUUACCUGUACCAUUUGAAGAUUCUAUUGAUAAUUUAAGAUCACAUUGUUCAUUAGCUUCUGAUUCCGCUUUGGAUCUUUUAACUCAAAUGUUACAAUUUGUACCACAUAAAAGAAUUUCAAUUGAACAAGCUUUAUCUCAUCCAUUCAUUUUAAAUUUACCAAAACAACAACAACAACAACAACAACAAAAACAACAACAACAACAGCAACAACAACAACAACAAGAAAUAAUCCCUAAAGAUGAUUCCUUAACAGAUAUUAGUAGUAAUAAACAAGAAACUGUAGUUUAUGAUGCUAAUAUUCAAAUUAAUCAAGAGGAUUUAAUUUCUAAAAUAAAAGAGAAUGAAAUUCAAAAAGAAAUUGAUUUCAAAGAAAAUCAAAUUAAUGAAGAAAUUAAAGAAGAUGUUAAGGAGGAGAUAGAAGAAGAUAUUAAAGAAGAAAUCAAAGAAGAAAUCAAAGAAGAAAGUAAAGAGGUUCAAGAAGAGGCUAAAGAGGAGAUUAAAGAAGAAAUCCAAAUAGAGACACAAGAAGUUAAAGAGGAGAUUAAAGAAGAAGUCCAAGUGGAGAUUAAGGAGGAGAAGAUUAAAGAGGAGAUUAAAGAGGAGAUUAAAGAAGAAACUCAGGAGGAGAUUAAAGAAGAAAAUAAAGAUGAAAUCCAAGAGACAAUUAAAGAAGAGGUUCAAGUAGAGAUUAAAGAGGAAAUAAAAGAAGAAACUCAAGAGGAGAUAAAAGAAAUUCUAAAUGAAGUCCAAGUUAAAGAAGAGGUCAAAGAAGAAAUCCAAGAAGAAGUUAGUCAAGAAACCCUAAGUGAAAUCCAAGAAGAAGUUAAAGAAGAAAUCCAAGAAGAUAUAAAAGAAGAAGUUAAAGAAGAAAUCCAAAAUGAAAUCAGAGAAGAAAUCCAAAAUGAAAUCAGAGAAGAAAUCAAAGAAGAAAUCAAAAAAGUUAGUGAAGAAAUUCAAAAUGAAAUCCAAGAAGAAGUUAAAGAAGAAAUCCAAAAUGAAAUCCAAGAAGAACAACAAGAUACAAUUAAGGAAGAAAUCCAAGAAAUUAAACAAGAAAUAAUUUCCGAAAGAGAUACAAAUCAAGAAGGAGAAAUUAGUGAUACAAUUGUUUCAGAUUCGAAAGAAGCAGACUCUAUAAUAGAAGGACCAGUUACUUUAGAAAGGGAUAAUAAAAAUGCAAGUGAUCAUGAUGAUGAGCAACAAUUUGUAGAGGAAGAAAUUGAAGUAGAGGAAGAAAUUGAAGUAGAGGAGGAGAUUGAAGUAGAAGAAGAAAUUGAAGUGGAGGAGGAGAUUGAAGUAGAAGAGGAGAUUGAAGUAGAAGAAGAAAUUCAAGUAGAAGAUGAUACCGAUAAAUCAAAUGAUUUUUAA